AUGAUUAUCUCACCGGUUGUGAACGUACAUAACAGAUGCAACAGAGUAUGUAGAUGUAAGGGAGGUAGACACUUAACCGCGAAAGCGGGAACUUUAGGGAAUACAGACUUCAGAUUCUGUACCCAUGAAGCUAUUGGAACUUCUAAGAUCUCAAAUGUGACUUGGCAAGGUAUAGAGAUUGAAAAAAUAGGAGGACUAGCUAAGGCACUUCACGGUACAAAAUCUGUAACUACGUACUAUCACAGAGCGUAUGAUGGUCAACAGGCCUCUAUAAAGAGGCCUCUUCUCAUAAGGGUCAAAGAUAUUACAGGAAAGAGACAUUGGUUUGAGAACCUUGGGCACUACGCUAAUAAAAAAUGGCAAAGAAUAGAUGGUGAAGCAUUAUCUGGAGGAUAUCCUGAUAAUGAUACUUAUUCCAACAUAAGUGACUUAGAGAAGAAGUUAAAUGCACUCACAUGUAGAUUAUUCAUGUCUCAUUACAUAAGAAUAGAUUCUGAUAAGAAUGAUAAUCGUGAAUGUCCAAUAUGUAAACAACAUAUUGAUGUGAAGUUUCAACAAGAUAGUCCUGGUAUAUCUGGAUACGCAAGAUAUAACUACGAGGAGUUCCUGGAGAAUUCAAUCCUUGUUCACAAUAAUGUCCCACUUACGUACAGAAGGAAGACAACUCUUGGAAUAGGUUAUUAUCUACCAAUCCCAGUUGACAAAGGGAACUUUGGGAAAAUAUCCGUCUACUACUGGAAGGAAGACAGUCAGAAGAAAAAUCCCCUCUUGAUAGAAUUUGUUGGUAACUUUGGUUUUUCGUAUUGGAUUGAGAAUAUUAGUAGACCUGGUAAAGAUGGUAAUUAUCAACAUGAUAAGUGGAGACCCAUAGGAAUGCAGGGUACCGGAAAAUUUGACAUUUCCGGUCACGAUCUCAAAACUAGACUCGAUAUUCUCAACUGCAUAUAUAACAGAGUUCUCCAAAUUUAUAUCGGCAAUCAGAAAGACUGCCAUCAUCCUAAGCAUUUUUUACACAAGAAUAGAGUUUCUUGUGGAUAUAGUGAGGUAUUUGGUACUUACCCAGUUCUCUAUUCCUACAGAUAUAGACCGACUCUAAGCUAUGGAGAACCUUUCAAUGUAUCUGAAGUUAAGAUAGAGGGUAAUAAACAGGAAUUAGUAUCUGGUGUCCUACCAUUUAUGAAUGUUACCAGCUUUAUUGUAUAUGUCUCACCUUGUGAUAAAGAUAAACCGUUCUUAAUUUGCGUAGAAACUGGGAACAGCACUGGAUAUAGGGAGCAGAAGAAUUAUAAAUGGUACAAAACAGAAGAGAUAAAUGGUCUCUGGAAGGAACAUAGCUUCAGUGCAACUACUGAACAAUCUCCUAAUAAGGUUAUAGACAAGCUUAAAGAUGUAUUGGAAAAGUCCAGAAGUCCUCUUCAAAUAAAACCUUGUCAUAUAGAGACUAAACAAGAGGGUAUUCAGUUUGACAUCGAACAAAAUCCAAGAGAAGGAGAAUACUUUUGUAAUUACUACGGUCAAUCUGGAUCUAGGAGAGUUCCAAUUUUUGUUACAAAGUCUAGGGAUACUCCUGUAGUUAACUUCUUUAAAAAUUCCCAAAAACCCGCCAUGAAAAAUGAUAGGACCUUUGUUGUACAACGGCAACUGGUUGGUGGAUCCGAGUUUCAGUCAAAAGUCGUUGAUGUAAAAAUUUUUGAUGUAUACUUUUGGGAAGGAGACACAAAUAGACCAAUUAUCAUUGAAGUUAAAAAGAACGGUGAACAAAAUACAAGAUACUAUGGUAAAGGAAACGGUCAUAGUGAUUCUUGGUUAUAUGGUAGUAACGAGGGAAGAAGUUUGUUAGAGUCUUUGGACCACUGGAAUUGUGAGAAUAAUAAUGCUAUUCCAAUAGACUUAACAAAUCCCACAGAUCUUAAAAGAUUUUAUGACAAAAAAACAUCCAAAUGUCUACAAAGCAUACUAGUAACAGAAUCUAACGCAUAUAAUCUUCCAACUGAAGCCAAAAGUGUAUAUGAAGCAAAAACUUAUCAACUGGAAAGUAGUAAAAGAGUUUCUAGACUUACCUAUAACGGUAAUGCUACUAACAUAGUUCCUCCCUAUACUGAAUAUGGACCUACUUUGAAUAUUUAUUUCUGGAGCAAGGAGUCAAAGAUGCCUCUUCUAGUCGAGUUUAAGCCUAAGGCUGGAGGAAGCGACUGGUUUGAGAAUCUCGGUGGAGAUGGUACUAAAUGGAAAAGGAUUGACGAAAUAGUGACUAAAGAAUUUUAUGAUCCGAAUGAUCCAUCUAGACUCACAUACGAAUUCACUGAAAAGCUUAAUGAAGUCAACUGCAGAAUACAUGGAGUUACUCAGAUAGAUAUUUCCAAGAAAGCUAAAGAGCCCUACUGUCACACUUCUCUUUACGCACAUGAAAAGAGGAUUAAGAUAACUCCUCUCAAUAAUCCUGAACUUCCUUACUACAAUAUUUAUGAACAUUCUCCUGCUACAACAGGUAAGAACACCCUUAAAAUAUCUUCUAUAUACAAUGGAAACGAUAAGCAAAAUAUUAGUAAAGUAGGACUUCUUACAGAUGUAAAGAAAGUUAUAGUCUAUUAUCCGGAAUGUGAUGGAGGUGUUCCUAUUGUAAUACAUAUUCAAUUUAAUGGAGGAAGUGGUAAGUGGUUCAAGAGAGAAUCUGAAAAAGGGCAAUGGAAAGAAGAUACUAAUGAGUUUGAAAGUAAAAAUACGGAACAAAUUAAGGAGAUCCUAGAUAUUAUUACAAAGAGUACAAGUGCAUGCGGUCAUAAAAUUAGGGUAUCCCUUGCUCAAGAACCAAGACUACCUACAAGUCCUAAUGAUCCAGAUGAUAAUCUUAAAUUUACUGAGGUAUUUAAGGAUUUUGGUAAUCUUGACGAUGAACAAAACAAUACCAGUGAUUUUGUCGGACUUUAUGAUGAAUAUGAAGAUCCGGGGAUUGUUAAAGAGCAGAAUAAAGUUACUUUUGUUACUAUCCCUUCCGGUACAUCUCGUAUGAAUAAUUUCUUUACCCCUGGUUUCCUAACGGCUCUACCUCUAGAAACUGCCAUGUCUGGAGUUAUAAUAGAUAUAAAGGAAAAACCAAAUGUAGGAAAUAGUAAAGCUUACAAAAUAUCCUCAAGUAGUGGAAAAGAUGUUGAGCUAUAUAAAAUUGAGGAACCGGAUAGGUCUAGGUUCCACAUGUUUAUACACACAUCUUCGGAUGAUAUUCCUUUCAAUGUGGGUAAGGUGGUAUUUGGGGAAGAAAAUAAACAUAUUGCAGACUUAAAAUCAAGUGGCGAUAGACCUGUUGAUAGUUAUUCUGUCUGGUACUGGACUGGAGACCAAGAAAUGAACAAUCCACUCCUCAUUGAGAUAUCAAAUAGUGAUGGAAAGUAUAUAUAUAACUUCAGCAAAGACAACUGGGAAAGUUGGAGUGGUGCCCAGGAAAAGAAUAAACUAGAAGGUGAGCCCCUUGAAAAUGUACUGGAUGACCAAAACUGUAGUCUCAACAAAGCGGUUACCAUAGAUCUUAGCAAGAAGGUAUCUGAGAAUAAUGUACAAGGAAGUGGGUAUUGUUGUAGCAAGUGCAAUAACAAGAAAGUCACAGUUAAAUAUACUCAGAAAAGGAUAAAUACUGUUAACAUGGAAUACUAUGUCCAUGCAAUAUCUGAUCGCCAAGUAAAGCUUUCAAAGAUUAAGUAUUACGAAAAUAGUGAUAAUAAUAGUCCCAGGAAGAGAAUAACUUCUUAUGGACUAAGAUUUCCUAUUGAGGGGCCAGUGGAUGUCUAUGUCUACUAUUGCAACGGUACUCCUGCACUGAUAUAUGUUAAAAAGGAUGGAAGUGAUAAAGAAAAUAAGUGGUUUAAGAGAGAAGGUAAUAGUAAUAGUUGGAUAGAAGUUCCUGGGAAUUUUGGUAGCACAACACCUGAGGAUAUUGGUAAUAAUCCAAAAUGUGACAGCUGGAGAAAAGUAGAUAAAGUGCUUCAAGACCUUGGAUGUAAAAGCCAAACAUGCGCAGAUACAAGGGUUGGUAAAAGUACCAGUGGAGUUUCCACAACGAUAUCCGUUGCUCUUCCUACAACUGCAGCUCAAUCUCUACCCCAAACACAAGAUUCACAACUAUCAAUUCAGCUCUCAGAAAACAAAAGGGCAACUGAAAACCCCCCGGAAUAUAAAGAUACCAUAAGUAAUAAGGGGAUUACUGUCACAAGAUCUUUCUGUCCUACUAGCCAGGGAUCUACCGCGAACUUCUUUAAGUACACUCAUAAGGAUUCUAGUGGAAAUAAAGAAUUCACACUAAAGGAGAUUAAAGACGAUGGUUGGAAUGUUAUUACUACGGAGUUUAGUGGGAAAAAGGUAACCGCAGUUUCCGCUUAUUACUGGAAGCAUGAGAAUGGUAGCGGUCAGACACCCACGAAAGUUCUCUUGGUAGAGGUACUAUCUGAGAAAGAUCCUAAGUGCUCUUAUUAUGCCAGAAGAAGCGGUUCGUGGAUAUCUCAUAAGAUUAAAAAUCCUGAGAAAGGACCUACUCAAGCUGAGUUAGAAUUGCUAAAUUGUGAGAUCAAUGAUGUUGUUCAAAUAGAUGUAGCACAAAUUACUGAUUAUUGUCAUGACAGUAAAGAUAUUAUGGAUAAGCAUGAUAAUAAGAAAGUCUCUGUAAAGGAAGUAGGAGAUGGUCAACUUGGAAGCUAUAGUGCUUAUGAACAUAUUCCAAAUGAAGCUGCUUAUACUAGAAGCACCCCUCAUAAGUUUAACAUAUCUGCAUUCAAGAAAGAGAACAAACAUAUACCACUUAAAACAUUACAGCAUCAGCUACCUGUCAGAAAUGCUAUUAGAGUUGUUGUCUACUUCUGUGGUAAGAUUCCCCUCCUGUUUUACAUAGACUCUAGUACCCUUAAUGGAAAGGAUAAGUGGUUUCAGAGUACCACUCAGGGAAUGAGUUGGGACACAGUAGGACCUGGAGCUCCAGAGAAUGAGAGGGAAUAUGAUAGGAUAAUUGGCAUACUUGAUAGUUUGCAGAGUUAUUGUAAACCUCCAGAAGUAACUAUAGAUAUUUAUGAACGGAGUAUUUCCAAACCUGAACACGCUUAUAAGGAUGAAUCUACCAACAAUAUUGAUGUUAAGCCUGAAGGAAUGUCAGAAAUAUCCAGAUUCAGUGAAUAUAAGCACACUGUACAGAAUAGGAACUACUUUACAAUCCGAAAUAUUAACUGUAACGGACAACUUACUGCUGGAAUUGUGAAUAUAACUGUCGCUAAACCUCUAAAGUAUGUUUCUAGUGUUUUGGUUUACUACUGGACUCCCCUAGAGAGUAGGCCAAAGGAUCACAUUGAUCAGAUAGGUAGACCUCUUCUCGUCAAAAUCACUACCCAGGGACCUGAUUCACAAUCAACUACAGAAAAGUACUAUGAAAAUAAAGGUUUUUUAGAUAAUACUAAAUGGGAAGAAUGGAGACCAAAUCCACCUACCAAAGUGAUUCUUGAGAAAAAACUUCGCCUCCUUAACUGUAGGCUAAAUAAUGCAGUGAUCAUAGAUGUGUCUCAGAAGGACAAUCCUGGUUACUAUGAUGCUUGUGAGACAACUAAUAAGGAUACUCUGGAUCCUUCUCACGGUGAUACUAAGAUGCAAGUUAAGAAGGAGGAUGAAGAAUCUCUUAAAGGUUAUGAAGUGUACAUCCACAAACUCAAAGAUGGUUUAUCUGGACAGAAGUUUCACGUAGUAAAGUUCCUAGGAAGUUCUAAAGAAAUUCUUACUGGACUGCCUAAAAAUAUUCUUGACGUAGAGGAAGUAAGAGUCUACAUUUGCCCAGAUGAUCCUAAUAAGCCCCUUCUCAUUUACUACAAGACUGAUAGGGGCCAUAUUUGGUACAAGAAUACUUACCAAGGUAGUACUCUCCCUGGUAAAUGGGAAUCCGCAGGAAAUGCUUUAUCCACAGGUGAUGAUACCCAACAGUAUGAAGAAAUCCUCCAAAUACUCAGCACUCUUAAAAGUAGCUACAGCGUUGCUAAAGAAUCUAAAACUCAAGCUUUUUCUGACGGAGGUGCCACUAUUGUCACUGGUGCUACCCUUGGUAUAGGAGCCAUCUCCGGUAUAUCCUCUGGUACUCUUACCGGAGCUGGUGGUCUUACUGGAUUUGGCUUGUGGAUGUUUAAACGUUAUAAUGGAGAUCCUUGGGUGAGACAGAUUUAA